AUGUGGGGCGCGGGGGGGGAAGCCGUGCCCCUGGUGCUGCCCCCCGGCCUGUGCGGCGGGAGAGAGGGGCGGCGACGAAGCGGAACCGAACAGGGUCUCCGUGCCGAGGGGACGGAGAGAUCGACACGAUUGGUGACGUGGGUUUCGGCAGGGCCGCCCCCCGACCCUUCCCCCCCCCGCGGCGAGGAUGGUGCCGCCACCGCCGAACCACAAGGGAUGCAGCAGCCACUGCCGCCCUACGAGGUGCUGCCGGCAGACGUGAGCAUGGAGGAGCUGCCCCGGAGCACGACCAUGCUGAUUGAGGACACGCCGCCGCCGCCCCGGGACCACCUGGUGUGGUCCCUCUUCACCACCCUGUACGGCAAUUUCUGCUGCCUCGGCCUGAUGGCGUUCGUCUUCUCCGUCAAGUCCAGGGACCGCAAAGUGCUGGGUGACUACAGCGGGGCACAGAGCUACGCCUCCACGGCCAAGUGUCUGAACAUUACGGCCCUGGUGAUCAACAUCUUCAUCGUCAUCAUCGUUGUCACCAUCGUCGCCCUGGCCGUAUCCGGGGUCCUCAUUCAGCCCCCACCCUCGUACGGGCCGAACCCUUUCUCCGGCGGCACUUAGUCCCCUCCUUGCCCCGCGGGCUGUGCUUCCCACCCCAGCCUGCCCGGAGAGUUCCCCUCACCCCUCUGAGCCGGGGAGCUCCUUCCUGUUAUGAAAAUUGCAAACUGAUCCAUCCACAGGCCCCUCCUGGGAGCCUGCUGCUGUCCCUUCCCUCUUUUGUGGAGCCCUUGCUGAUGGCUGUCCUCACUGGAGGUGUCUGGGGAUGGACGCUGCUCCCCAGAGAGGAGCGGAGCAUUCCCAACCCCACUGUUGCUUGCUUGCUGUUUUGUUCUGGGUCUGGAGCCCCCACUGCCUCACAGUUAUUCCGAGGAGGAGCACCUGGUUCAGAGAAACUCUGAUAUCUGAAAUAAAAGUUUAUUUCACUUUU